CCAAAAAAUGGGGAAGAAGCCUAAUAUACAAAGCAUUGUCAUUAUUAUUAUAUAGAAAGGGGUGGCAACAAGACUUAGUAUCAUGAAUUGUUGAAGAGUUUAGCAGCACCAAACCAACAAGAAAUAGAAAACAAAAGAUUAUGCAACAAAAGUAUAAGAAACCAAACCACACUAAAGAAGGCCGGCCAUAACAGCUCAUUCUUAGGAGGACUUUGUUGAUGUCACCACCCUGCAUUUGUCCAUUUCCGCUUAAUCUUUCCCUUUCAUUCAUGGUAUUUCAACGCAGCUUCCAUUGUUUCUUUCGUUCUGUGAUUCCAAUAAGUGCUUUCCAUCAAAGUCCUUUUCUUCCAUGUUUGCCUGAGUCCCCUGCUCUGCCUCUCAACCAUGGCUUGUAAGGAAACGACUUGGCUUCUCUCCCUUAUUCUCAUGCUGUUAUGCAUCAUGGUAUCAGCAGAUACGCCUGAGUCCACUAUUCUUGUCAAGUUCAAGGCCUCUUUGUAUAAUGCCUCAGCACUUCGCGAUUGGAAUGAGUCUUCAGAUCCAUGUUCAGAUGGCAAUGGUUGGACAGGUGUAAAGUGCUUUGAGGGGAAAGUAUGGACGUUGCAGCUAGAAAACAUGGGACUGGCAGGCCAAAUUGAUAUUGAAUCACUUAAGGAGUUACAAAUGUUGCGAACUAUAAGCAUCAUGGGCAACAGCUUUGGUGGUCCAAUGCCUGCUUUCAAGAGACUUGCUGCAUUGAAAUCAUUGUAUUUGUCCAACAACCGGUUUUCUGGUGAGCUUCCUGAUGAUGCUUUUGCUCACAUGAAUUGGUUGAAGAAAGUUUAUCUGGCACAGAAUGAGUUUACUGGCAAGAUCCCCAAGUCUCUUGCUAAGUUGCCAAAGCUUUUGGAGGUGCUGCUUGAGAACAACAAUUUUGAAGGAAAGAUACCCAAUUUUCCACAGAAUGAACUGCAAAAGGUGAACAUGUCAAACAAUGCAUUGGAGGGUCGUAUACCAGCUAGCCUAAGCAAGAUGGACAGGAGCUCAUUCAUUGGCAACGAAGAUCUAUGUGGUCUGCCUCUGGUGCCAUGCAAGGAAUCUGAGAAGCCUAGUAUCCUCAUCAUUGCCCUAGUUGUUGGUGGGGUGGUGGUACUGGCGGCCAUAAUAUUAGCUGUCUUCCUAAUCCGCAGGCAAAAGGGCAAAGCAUCCAAAUUGGGGCAGCCCUCAUCAGCAAAAGCCCAUAAGGAGGCUGCUGUCUAUGAGGCCGAACACAAGGAAGUUGGAUCCACUGGGGUUUACAAGAAGGGUGAACAAGGACAGUUAUACUUUGUAAGGAAUGAUAGGGAGAGGUUUGAGCUGCAAGACCUGCUUAGAGCUUCUGCUGAGGUUCUGGGCAGUGGGAGCUUUGGGUCUUCUUACAAGGCUGUUCUUCUCAGUGGACCAGCCAUGGUUGUAAAGAGGUUUAAGCAAAUGAACAGAUUGGGAAGCGGCGAUUUCCAUGAGCACAUGAGAAGGCUAGGAAGGUUGUCACACCCCAACUUGCUUUCUCUUGUGGCCUUAUAUUAUAAAAAGGAAGAAAAGCUUCUGGUUUCUGAUUUUGUGCCUAAUGGCAGCUUGGCUAGUCAUCUUCAUAGUAAACGCGCUCCUGGCCAGCCAGGGCUCGACUGGCCAAUUCGCUUGAAGAUCAUACAAAAAGUGGCCCACGCCUUAGCUUACCUCUACAAAGAGCUUUCUGACUUGACUCUACCUCAUGGUCACCUAAAGUCUUCCAAUGUGCUUCUAGACGACAAAUUUGAGCCAGUACUAUCAGACUAUGCACUUGUGCCUGCAAUCAACAGAGAGCAUGCUCAGCAGAUCAUGGUGGCGUAUAAAUCGCCAGAGUUUAUGCAGUAUGAUCGAACAACGAGGAAGACAGAUGUAUGGAGCCUUGGGAUACUAAUACUGGAGAUGCUGACAGGUAAGUUCCCGGCAAAUUAUCUGAAACAAGGUAAGGGUGCUAAUUCUGAUUUGCUCAGCUGGGUGAACUCUGUUGUAAGAGAGGAGUGGACUGGUGAGGUGUUUGAUAAAGAUAUGAAGGGCACAAGGAAUGGGGAAGGUGAGAUGCUUAAGCUGUUGAAGAUUGGAAUGAGUUGCUGUGAAUGGAAUUUGGAGAAGAGGUGGGAUUUGAAGGAGGCUGUUAAGAGGAUUGAAGAGUUGAAGGAGAGGGAUUCAGAUGAAGACAACUCUUCAUAUGCUAGUGAAGGAGACAUUUACUCUUCUAGAGCUAUGACUGAUGAUGACUUCUCUUUCUCAGUUAACAAUUGAGUUGAGUUCUUCAACUUUGAAGAAUUUCAAUCUGGAAAUCAAUGUUAAAUUGGUUCUGCUUGGUGGGUUUUUGUGGCCUGUUAGAAGUGGGAAAACCUUGUUGAUGCUUUGGUGAUACUUGUUCUUGCAUAGUUCAAUUAAUUGUUAGGGAGAGAGAUAAGACAACAUCAAACUAGUUAAAUAUUUUCUAAGGUGUUUUCUUUCUUUCCUUUGCAUUGUUCAUUAAUCUUUCCAAUGUCUCUCCAUUUUCAUAUAUGUACCAAGGAAAAAAAAACAUGAGAUUGAUGAA